AUGCACAGCGCAGCAUUCAUGAACGAGAACGAGAAAGGGAGGGAAACACGAUUGUCAUGGAAAGUCAAUCCAGGCCAAGCAAAGCAAAGAAAAGCAAAGCCAUCUCAGCACCUGCGCACCCGCGUCCAGAGCCAGAAGUCAACGCUGCCCUGGUCACUGACUCGAUUCAGACCAAUGCCUCAACUCAACCCAGUUCGCACCACUCGUCAAGGCUGA